AUUUUUAUUUUUCCAUUUUAGAGAUGAAAAUGGCAUGUUCCAAUUACGUUUUAGCAUUCAUUUUGCUUGCAAUAUGCCUGAUCAAUUCAGUCCAGUUGGUAUCUGGAAAUGGGAAUCAAAACAAUGUCCAAAAGGCUUGCAGUGUGACCAGAUAUCAAGACCUCUGCAUCCGCUCACUUGCUUCAUUUUCAAGAUCGGCCAAGAGCAGCCCUAGCAGGUGGGCAAGAGCUGCGGUUUCAGUGACAUUGGGUGAGGCCAAGAGUGUGGCUCAGUACUUGCUAGCUCUGCAAAAGCACAGCCGCAUAAAUGGAAGGAGAAGCAGAGUUGCUCUGUCUGAUUGCAUUGAGUGCUUUCAAAACUCAAUCGACGAGCUUCACAAAUCGCUUGGUGUUCUCAGGAGUCUAAGUCGAACGACUUUUGACACGCAAAUGGGUGACCUCAAUACGUGGCUGAGUGCUACCCUUACCAAUGGGGACACUUGUUUGGAUGGCUUUGAGGGCCAGAGAGGAAGACAAGUCAAAUUGCUUCAAAACAAGGUCUUAAAAGCCACUCAUAUCACCAGCAAUGCUCUGGCUCUUGCCAACAAACUUGCCGCCACUGGCCUGGAAAGCCUCCCACACUCAUAGGAAGCUAGGGAGACAAAUUAUAGGCUCAGCCUAUGCACAUGCAUGAUUAAUUGUGAGUCUCAAUAACACGGGAACGCGGAUUAAUAAACUUUAGCAUAACUUAAUAAUGAAAUGCAGUGCGAUUCAAAAUUGUGUAAAUUAAUGGUUUGUUCAAUUGUUGCAACUGGUUUAGUACCGCUAGUUUGUCUACAUAUAUGACAUAUAUAGUUAUUCUCUUGUCCGCAUAUGAUAAACUACAA